AUGUUCCUCCAGCGUACCGCCUCCGCCCUUGCCAGGCGCUCGCCUGCCCGCGCUUUCACUCUCGCUCAGCGCCCCUUCUCUUCUUCCAUCAUCCGCCCCAAUGAGAAGAAGUGGGCUCCUAAGCAGGAAGGCAAGAUCCUGACCUUCGAAGAGAUCAAGGUUGAGGAUGACCUUUUCGCCCCCGGUGCUAAGCCCGGUACCAUUCCCACCGACGUCGACCAGGCCACUGGUCUCGAGCGUCUGGAACUCAUCGGAAAGAUGCAGGGAAUUGACAUCUUCGACAUGCGCCCCCUCGAUGCCUCCCGCAAGGGCACACUCGAAGACCCUAUCAUCGUUCCCAGUGCCGGUGACGAGCAAUACGCUGGUUGCACUGGUUACCCCGUCGACUCCCACCAGGUCAACUGGUUGACCGUCUCCCGCGAGCGCCCCAUUGAGCGCUGCCUCGAGUGCGGCAACGUCGUCAAGAUGAACUACAUUGGACCCGAGGAGGACCCCCACUCCCACGACCACGACCACGGUCACCACCACCCUCCCCACGUCGAGCCCAAGACCUUCGCCGACUACGUCAAGCCCGAGUACUGGUACCGGUAA